AUGACCUCUUACGCCUCCGGAACGAACCAUUCCGUGCCCAACGGAUACGACGCACGUCCAAACGCCACCAGUCAUACCGGUACCAAUGGUGCACCCCGCCCGAAAUCCCUUCUUGUCCCGACAAACAGCGUAACGACGAAGGAUGGAGUCACAGUACGAGCUCGCAUCGAGCCAACCUUGACAGUCGACGAUGUUAUUAGACAAUUAUGCAUUAACCUACAAAUCAGGGAUCCUCCCGCUAUGUUUGCUCUGCGAGAUGAGACGGACGAGUUGGUGACGAACGAUAACCUACGGAAGAAGAUCAAAGCCAAAGUACCCUUGAAGUUGGUCAACUCGCCAACUUUGGAAGCCGCGGAGAUAGUCGAAAAGUUGAGCUUGAGAGAUGAGAGAACGCUGCGAAAAACAUUGUUUUCGCUCCAGAAGUUCAUCAGAGAAGAACAAUUUGCGAAUGAAUUCCUCCAGCGCGAUGGACUGUCAGAGUUAAUCGACGUGAUCUCCGUUAGCCACGGCAACACCCUUGCUUAUGCAUUGCUCGCGAUGCAAAACCUCAUGGAUCUCGACUACGGCUGGUCCAACCUCGAACACACAUUCAUCUUCAGAGUGGUGCAGAUCCUGUCCUCACCUCAGUCUCUCAUCAACGUCUGUCGUCCAGCAACAGCGAUCUUGAAGAAGCUCGUAGAAGCGGACCCACACAGUGCGCCCGGACCACUCAUGGCAAGCUCGAGCCGGAGUCCACCGUCGCUGCCGCCUGGCAGCGUCUACCGCUAUGGUUUCGACGUGGUCUUUGAACAGAUGCGUAAGGAGAAGGGACUCUUGGAGACCGUCGUCAAUAGGGUCGGGAAUGCCGAUACGUCUAUGGUCUUGUAUAGACUGAGUCCGCAUAGCAUGAUGUUAAUCAACUCGCUAUUGGCUCAUGCCACUGACGCGAGAUGGGAGGAGUUUGUGAAUGAGCUCGAGAAGCUUAACGUGCGGAAGGCGGUCAUCCGUCUCAUGUCUUCUCAUACUAUUGAGGACCUCACGUCUUGCAUUCUCGACUUCCAAGCUAACAUGAUCAGGGUCACAUAUCGAAAGAAAACCACUCUGGUGGAGCCGGAAAUGGAGCACUCGCAUGCUUCAGCCCUGAAAUACAUCUGGAACGCCAGUAAAUUACAAGAAGGUAUCGACGAGGAAGGCCAGCCGCUCAAAUGGCGGUUACUGGGCUUUGGGAGCGAAGACAUUACGCAUGAAUUCCGAGAUGCGGGUGUGUUGGGGCUGGAUUGUCUGAAACAAUUUGUGAAAAGUGAUCCGGAAACGUUCUCCAAGAUGGUCCUGGAGCAGAUCAGUCGGCCUGAAGAACGCCGAUGUCCGAUUGCCAGGGCUUCCAAUGAGAUAGUCGAGCUUUUAUCAGAACAUUGGGCGAUCUUCGCACCUGGAUACUCGACGUCGACUACCUUCCAACCUUUCUUCCUUAACUUCCACAAGGUUCAUGCUCUAGCGUUGACCUUCUUCCUACGGAUGUGGUCCGAGAGUGGAGCCGCCGCUGACGAUUUCCCUCGCGUGGUCGCUCUAACACGGAGCCAAGUCAAAGUGGCUUUACGACUAGAGAACGUGCGUCCGUGGCAUGAAGUCGAACAUGAUUUCCUGGAUUCCGAGUACCGUGCCGUGAGAGACCGACAGAUGAAAGAACUCGAGAUGGAGGAUGAUCUGAUGAGCAAGGCUCCCAUGCGGAAUCUGAGCGCGAAACUCUACAAGGAGUCAUAUGAGUUCGUGCGUCAACAGCGGAUUCAGUGUCUCCUACAAGGUUCAUGGUUCGUGAACGCCAUCCCGCUCAACUCACCAGUCUCUCGGGAUGCGGCACGGAGGCCUACACGCCCUUGGCGAUUCAUGAGACUGGACAACGGCCAAAAAUAUCUCCACUAUGUGGAUAGCACAGUGAAGUUUCCGGUCCGAAAUGGCCUUGAAGACCUCCCUGACCGGAUUGACAUCUCCAACAUCACCGAGAUCGCCACCGGUACUUGCGCCGCCCCUCCAAACGUUCUCCGUGACCAGAAUGAUCUCCCUCCAACUUCACCUGUCUCACCCUCGCCAUUAUCUUUCUCGCUCUUGACGGCAGACGGCAGUUCCCUCGCGGACCAGAUCGCGCCCGAUCAGUCAAGGUGGGCGGAUUGGACUGAUGGCCUGAACAUGCUUCGACGAGAUGGCGGCCACGUCGCGUCCCAAGAGACUGCAGGAUUUGUCAAAGCUUUGACUGAUAUUGGGCUAAAGAUCAAACUACUGGAUUUAACCGGUGAGAAAGUGGAUAUACCCAGCGGACUGGUGGCAGGUCCACCGCCCACAAAUACGGACUUUUUCUUCUCUGACCUGUAUGACGGAUAA